AUGAUCUGCCGGAUGCAUGAAUAUCUGGUUGUAGCCGGAAUAGGCGUCAGUGAAGCUGAGGAGCUCGUGGCCGGCCGUGGCAUCCACCACCGAUUGCCUGAGCUUGUGGCAGAUGACAUCCGAGGAGAUGCCAGACAUGUCGUCGUUGGACCAGGCAAAAACUUCCGAGUUGGCUCUCAAAAAGGCGAUGAAUUCGGUUCGAAGAGUCGGGCUAAGGGAAGUGCCGAUCCGAACAGAUUAGUCCUGUUGAGCUUGCGGCGUCACGCCCUCAUGGUGCCUUCCGUUCGACAUGGUGCCUUCCGUUCUGAUACCCGGGUUGCCGAUUCUCGUGUGGAUGACACAUAA